AUGCAAAUACGAGACAACUGUGUUUCCUUUGAUUUUCAAAAACAAAAAUAUUUUUUUCUCGAAAAAUGUGUGACUGCCAAAACGUUUGUAAAAGCCGGCAGUAAAUUAUUAUUUGCAACUUGUGUAUCCCGCUAUGUUUUAUCACAAAAUUCAGCCAUUUCAGAGGAUAUGAACUUGACCGAUUCGGCUAUAGUAAGACGAACAGAACAAUUAAUACAAGAAUUGAAACGACGAAAUUAUAUUUAUUCAUUACUUGAUGGUGUUUAUGAUGGUCUUGAAACAAGUUUCUUUGUCAUUUUAGAUAAACUAGAUAGACAUAAAACUGACCGCAAACAUUUCUUGAAGUUAGGUAGAAAAUUUAACCAAGACAGUAUUAUUUAUGUACGGGAUAUUAACCAAGAAUCAUUGAUCGUUCAACAGUUGAUUUAUACAAUAGGUAAAUAUGAAAACAAAUAUAUUGUCGGCAAAGGUUAUCAAAAACUAUCACCAAUUGAUACCGACAAUUAUAGUACAAUUAAACUGUGUCCAAAUGAAACUUUUAAAUUUUUAUUUUACUCACAUGUAUAA